GCGACUUAGCUGGUCUCCUUCCCAGCUUUUACAGGGAUGGUUCUAGCAUUGCAUCAGGGGAUAUUUUAUGCUGUAAUUCAGUAACGCAGCCAGGAUAAGCGAUCACAGAACUGCUGCUUAAGGGGAUGGGCGUGGUGAGCUGAGCUGCGUGGAUGCAGCAGCAACAGCACCAACGGCCGAGGCACGGUUGGCCUGUAUGCUGCCCUUCAAAGUCUCAGUCCUCUGAUAUCUUGGCUGAAGUCUGUUUUUGUUGCUGAUUGAACCAAGAUAAACUGUUUGUGAGACUCAGGACGUAAUAAGGGAUUAUCUUCUUAAGUUUUUAGCUCGGAAAGGGUGCUGAGCCAUGGCUGACCUGGACCACAACCUCAGCCUUGCAGAUGCGCUGACGGAGCCACCGCCCCAGAUUGAGGAGGAAGUGAAACGGGAUUUCAUGGCGACUCUGGAAGCCGAGAAGUUUGAUGACGUCAUCGGAGAAACAGUUGGCAAGACCGACUAUGUCCCUCUUCUUGAUGAUGAGGAUGCCCCAAAGGCUGGGAACCAGGAAGCAAAAACCAAGCCCCAUGCCGACAGCGUUCAGGCGGACCGUAAGUCAGUGACAGGACCUGCAGCUGUGCUUGAGAACGGUGAUCAUGGAGUGGAAGGCAGCAAGCAGGUGCCCCCAGGAAAGAUUAUAGAUGAAACAAUGUCCUACAAGGAGUUCCUGGACCGGAAUGACUCAUGGACGACGGAGGAUCGGGGCCAUUGCUUUGAGUCGCAGCCAGCAUUUAAGCCCAUGGAUGUUACAGAACCCUUCAAGAUGAACCGUGAAGAUGUCCUCUCUGGCCUGCUGCUGCUUCCCCAGGAAACGAUGGGUGUCCCACAAUUCGGGGAGUAUUUUGGUGCUUCGGAAGAAGUCCAUGCGCCCAGUUUUGGAGCUCCGGGAGCACCUGAACAGCUUAACCCCCUGGGAUCCCCACACGUUCCUGCAAACCUUUUUGACCCACUGACCUUCCUUGGCGCAGACCCGGGGGCAGAGGCUCAGUUGAGCCAGAGAGAAGCAGCGCUUGCAAGAGAGAUGGGACCUCCUGAAGAUUUCUGGUUGGGAGCUCAGCACUUAGUGGAGGGACAAGGCGCACCUUUCUUUGAGUCUCCAGUGCCCGUCAAGAUCCCCGGUGUGGCAGAGAAGCAUUCGCCGGGAAGUCCUGGCCUGGGGCUGGUGGAUGUCACUGGACAGGCAAAGCCAUCUGAAACAAAGCCAUCUGCCCCAGCAGCAGCUCUUCCUGUCACGAGUCCAGGUCCUUUCGCUGCAGUGGAAGAGCUGAUGGGGUUCGAGCCUUCGUUUGACCACCGACCCCUUCCUCCGAAAGAACCACCAGCAGCCUCUCCAGAAACCGCUGGGACAAAGGAACCAAAAGGGAAGGCCCCGGACGCCGUCGCCCCUGCAGGCGUUUCUCCUGUGCUGGAGAAGUCAGUGGAGAGCAAGCCUUCUGCCACCCAGCCCAAAGAGAAGGAAGAAAGCAGCAAGUCUCCCAGCCCAGAGGAGGCAAACAAGACUCCGUCCGGGCAGAAGGGGGAAGACGGCAAGCUUUUCCCUAGCAAGCAGACAGAGGAGGAAGCGACAGGAGCCAAGCCUCCUGGCCAGAAAGCUGAAGAGAGCAAGCCCUCCCUUGCUCUUCAUGAAGAGAGAAAGGAGUCUAAACCCCCCAGCCCAAAAGCAGAAGAACCCAAAGCUUCUCCUGAACAGCACCCAGAAAAGACGGAGGAGAUCCAGGUUUCUCCCGCCCGACGGACACAGGAGGCAGCGGGUGAACCUUCGGCUACCCAGAAAGCAGAAAAACCCCAAGCUCUGCCCCCACAGCCAGAGAAGAAGACGGAAGAGGGCAAAGUCUCCUCUGGAGAAGGGGCAAAGGCCCCGUCCUCCCCCAGUCAACCCAAGGAGCUUCCUCUUCCUGGGCUAGAGAAGCAGGAGGAGAAGAGCAAGCCGCCUCCCAGCGUACCUGUCGAGAAACCAGAGGAACACAAGCUGCCAUCGCCGCAGGCCAAGCCUCUGGAGCCCCUUCUGAAGCCUGCAGAACCAAAAGAAACGCCAUCCCCCGGCGUGUCCAAGGCGGACGCUAAAGAGCCCCUCUCUGAAAAGCCAACUUCUGGUCCUGCUGAAGUAGCCAAGCCAAAGGAAGUGCCACAGCCUCAUCCUGACCCAGGAAAGGUGGAGCUGCCCCAGGAAAAGGUCCCCCUGGAACCUGCAGGUGUGCCUCCUGCCCAUGUAAGACAAGCUAACCAAUCCAGUGACCACCGCAGGUUGGGCAGAGGGAAGCCUGCCCGAAUGAUGGUGGCAGACGUCCCCGAGGAGCCCUUGGUAGGUUUCCCAGCCCAGAAGAGCCACAACCAAGGAGGAGAGCCUUUUUCUGUGGCAGAAUUGGGGUACGUGGCUGGGACGUCCCCUCGUGGCAAAGCUGCCCACAGGAAAGCAUCCGGGCAGCUGCCAUUUGAGUUUUCGGAGGCUCCGAGAGAUGUUUUACGAGAAGGUUUGGAUCUGGAAGCUUCGGCAGCGUUGAAGAAGAAAAAAAAGAAAGCAAAGCAAAAGAGGAGCCAACAGCUGAGGGCGGUUGAGACUUGGGAGGACGUCCCGGAAAAGCCAAGGGCUCCGUGCGCUGCUGGGCCCCAGAAGCCUGAGCUCCCCCCUGCGGAGAGCCCUAAAGAGGCCUCGAGGGUGCCCUUGGAAUUUCUGGAGAGGGAUCCGUCUCAGCUCGGAAGGCACCGCCAGGACUUCCCUCCUGCUCCAACAAAAGGAGAGCCGGCCUUGCCGACUGAAGGCUGUUCUCCGCUAGCGCUGCACACCAACGCUGGAGGACUCAGCAGGGCGGAAGCGAUGAGGGAUGACAGCUUAAUGUUGCUCCCUGGAAGCCAAAGGGAGGAACCUUCCGAGGAGCGGUCGAAGCCCACUGCCGAGCAGAGUGGCCAAGCAGCCCCCACCUUGUUAGCUCUGGGGGCCGGUCCAGUGGAGAAGAGCCCCUUCGGGGGAAGUAGGGAAGCGGAGGGACUGCCUCCCAAGGACUUGGGCCCCGGUGAGCAGACCUCGGAGAGCAAGGCCGCGGGGAACAAGGCCGUCUGGGCUGCAAAGGCAGCAGUUGCCUCCGCAGAGAAAGUGGCUCCAGAGGGCCCCGCUUCUGGAAGGGAGGAGGCAGCAGAGAAGCCCAAGGACGAAACGCCUACAAUGGCCGGGGAGGGAGCAGGUAAACCUGAAGUGGAAGCCAAGGCUGUUGAUGCAGCCAAGGAAAAGAGUCCUUCUGGUGAGGUCAAGGAAGGCCGGCUGGCUGCCUCGGAGCAGCUCCUGGGAGCAAGUCCCCCCAGGGCGCAUCCGCCGGAAGAGAGGAAAGGGGGCAGCCCCGCCAAAAAUGCAAAGUUUGACUUUGGAUCGGCAGAUACGCCCUUUUCCUUGGAAACCAAGUCGGAUCCGGCGAAGCCCUUGGCUCUUGCUGAGGCCGUUGGCCAUCCCAAAGUGCCUUUUACAGAGACGACCAAAGGAAUGUGCUCCACUCCUCCGGAACAGCCAGCCGGGACUCUUCCCAGGCCGGGGAGCGGCCAGACUAAAAAAAGGGGGAGUGACGGGAAAACCAAGAGAGCUGAAAACCACUUGGAGCAACGGGUGUUUGUUUCCGAGGACAAGGCCGAUUCCAGCAGGGCUCCAGGUGCAGAGGACACCGAGAUCCCCGAGGUGGGCUUCUCCAGGGCAGAGGCGGGUAAAGCGCUUCUUAGCUCGGAAGGGAUGGGAGAGAAAACUAAGAAGAAAAAUAGCGAAGGGAGGAGCAGGAAAGCUGUAGAAAAAAGUUCAUUCAGAGCACCAUUUUCUCCAGAACUGGGAAGCAGCACGGGCCACCUCCCGACCAGAGUGGGCCACCCAGACCAACCGCAAGAAAGAACAGAUUGUCGUAAAGAAGGGGCUGGCCUCAUAGCUGCAAACCAACCACCGGGACUUGCUGCAAAAGCAGCCGACCCGCCAGCGCUUGCCGCCACGUUCUGGAUGGAAGAACCGAAAGAUGCUUCGGCCAAACCAAGUGAAUGGCUUGACUUCCCUUCCUCGGCCUAUCCUUUUAUCUUGGAAGCCCCAGGCAGACAGAUGGAAUGUUCUUCUCUGCUGGAGGCAGCUGCCCAAACCAAGGGAACUGGCAUCCUGGAUAAAGGCAAGGAGCCCAGCCCCAUAGUUUUGGAGACCCCCAUCACGACAGACUCUACUUCUCUGUUGCCAGCAAGCAAAUCCAAAAAGAGGAGCAGUGAUGGGAGAAGGCAGAAGUCUGGAAAGAGUCCUUCGGAACAGCCAGUCCUCCUGGAGACCAAGCCUGAUACGAACCGGCUCUUCCAGAAGGUUGAUGUAACUCAAGAAACAAGCCCUGUGGACAAGAGACCUAUAUCUGAUGGUGCCACAUUGCUGGAACCGUCUGGCGGCAAUCAAACACAAGUUCCUGCUUUGAAACUGUUGGAGAAAUCCAAAGUAAAGGAAAAUGAGAACCUAAACAAAGCGGUGAAGAGCAGUGGCUUGGAGCAGCCACCUGCCUCUGAUCAGAAAACUAGCCCUUCCAAGCCAGAGCUGGUGGCCAAGAUGAUAGAAGGCCCUUUCACUGAUAAAGGAGAGAAAGUCAGUCAGGAGCAUGGUACGAAGGAGGCACCAGAUGCACUGAAAUGGACUGGUCCCUUCCCUGAGGUGCCAGCAGAAGAGCGGAAGACAUUGCCCACUGAAGGGCACAUUUUAGAGACCAAGCCGGAGCCUUCUAGACCAGCUGCUAUAUCUCAUGAGGUUGCUAAAACUGAGGACGCUCCUUCCCCCAGGGAAGGUCAAGGGAAAGGGUCGGACCACCUCUUGAAGGACGCAGGAAGCGUAGGGCAAAUCCCUGUGGCUGUUCCGGUUCCUGAUGAAAUGCUGACGCAUGCAGACCAGGCAGAGAGUAGAAAGGAUGGGUCCAGCUUAGAACCUAGGCCAGGCAGAGGCCUCAGGGCUGACCCGGAAGGUCAAACUCAAGAACCCUCUGGUUUUAGAAGGAGCAAUGAAGGUGGUCCAGAGUUGUCAAAUCAGCAGGAUCCUCUUGCGAAACCUGCCAAAAAGGGUAGUGAUAGGAAAGGCAGAAAGGCUGCAAGUGGCCCUGAGCAGCCACCCGUGGCUUUGCCGACACCGUCAGAUUCAAGCGAAAGGCCCAAGAUGGCUGGAACGGAAUAUGGCAUGGGAGAAUUUGAGUUUGUAGAUGAGAACAGAAACCUGAAGACCCUUCCCCCGGGGCAUCAGGUGCACUGGGAAGAAAAUGUAAUGAGCUUAUUUGGACCCUCUGUUGCACCUGACCCCAGUGCCUUUGAUGGGACCUCUUCCAGAAGUCAAGGUUCCAGGUGCCCCUUCCUAGACCUUCAAGGUCAGUUUGUUGGUGAGUUCAGCCAUGAGCAGACUUUUCUCUCUGAAAUCCCAAAGGAUGAUAGUAGAGGGGACUGGAAGGCUCAGCUUGAGCUGCAAGAGAAUUUGGCGAAGCUAGAAGGUGGAGAGGCCAGGGCAGAGGCUUCCCUUUUAAUGAAAGCAGGCGAUGAAACUAGAGAAAAAAGGAAGAAGAAUAAACGGCCUCCGUCAGAUCGCCUUGUCAAGCCAGAUGCUGGAACGGGAAAGAAUCAGGGGCUUUGCCCUGUUCUGGCAGAAGACAGAGGAACAGAUCUCCUGGAUAAAGGGCAGGAUCCUGUCCUUUGUUCAUCCCAAGUGCCAGGUGGAGAAGAGCCAAAGAUACCUCCUGGGCUGUCUGGUUCAACGGAAGAAAGUGGCCCUUUUGGAAAAGAAACCCGUACUCCUCCCGAGGAAUUGGCAGCCCUUUGGGAGACCAAGGAGGAAGCUGCGGCCCUCCAGGCGCUGACGACAGCCCUGGUGGGUGGAGGUGCCGGGCUGCGAUCGGAAGACAGUCAAGGCAUGGAACAGAGGGCCUCUGAAUGUCUAGAUAGUUUAGGAAGUAAGGCAGGGGCAGAUAAGGCCCUGGAGGAUGUCCCCUUGGAGGAAGCGGCUUCUGCUGAGCAACCCGAAAGCCCUUCCGAGUGUCUGGAGCCUGGUGGUGUGGACGAGCCAAAGAUUAGCCCACCCGUUCUGGGGACCAGCGAGGAGGAGGCGGGUCGUCUAAGGGAGGCGGCCGCAGAAGUGAAGGGAAGUCCGAGCCUCGGGUCCGAAGCUGGCGAAAGAGCGGAGAUGGUUCAGGAGGCUGUGUCCGGGCCCGGGGACCAAGUGGCGAAAGAGGCCAAGAAGGAGGGAAGAGCCAAGGCUCCCCAGCGGAUCAAAGGCUACAUGAGACCCACCAAAUCCAGAGGGCUUCCUCCUCCUCCUCCUCCUUCGCUGAGAGCGGCUGCCCAAGAAGAAGGCGGGAGAAGGCCCCCCAGACCUGACGGUUCAGUCCGGCAAAGGCAAGGGAAAGCCAAACCGGAAGAAGGAAAGGCAGCCGCCGAGGUUGCAACCGCAAACGACGUCACAGCCCCGCCUAGCAAGGAGCUUCCGCCGAGCCCGGAGAAGAAAGCCAAGCCUUCAGCCUCCACUUCAGCAGCAAAACCUGCUGCAGCGAAAACCAAGCCUGUAGCUGCUGCCGCCUCCGCCACUGCCCCCGCCAAGCGGCCGGCGUCUGCCACACCCGGCCAAAACAAAAAAGCCACCAGCCCUCCUGCAGGCCCGGCUGCAGCCACAACUACCCCCAAGCGCCCGGCGACCAGCACGACACGGCCCUCCACCUUAACUCCUAAGGACACUAAACCAAAGGGGACGGAAGUAAAAAGCCCGGAUAAGCGGACCUCCCCUUCGAAGGCACCGUCCGCUACAACCCCUCGUCCGAGUACAAAAAGCAGUCCUGCCACCCCCAGGCCGUCCACAGCACAGACGAGCACCCUCGCCUCGAGCCCCCGGAGCACGGCCACCUCCCCGCCCAAGAGGCCUUCCACUAUCAAGACCGACGCGAAGGCCGCCGACGUCAAGAAGACCCUUGCAAAAUCGCCAUCAGCGGAAGCCAGCCGCCCAAAGAGUGCCCCCGCCUCCACCACUCCUUCCCCAGCCCCGCCCGGAGCUGCGGCUGCUCCCGCCAGCCGGCCCAAACCCAAGCCAGCGGUGCCCAAAGCCUCCGGGGCCGCGAGCGCGACCGCCGCCGAUGCCAAGAAGACCUCCGCCCUCAAGACGGCGCCCAAGACCAGUCCUGUUCCCAAACCCUCCCGGCCUCCGACCAGCGUCUCUGCCCCUGACCUGAAGAAUGUCCGCUCCAAGAUCGGGUCCACCGACAACAUCAAGUACCAGCCUGGGGGAGGAAAGGCAAAAGUAGAGAGAAAGGCUGAGUCAGCCGGGGCUGCCCGAAAGCCUGAACUCAAUGCAGUCUCUAAAACGGCUACCACUAAAACAAAAGAGGGGUCCCAAAAGCAGCCCAAUGGGAAAGUCCAGAUAGUCUCCAAAAAAGCCAACUACAGCCACGUGCAGUCCAAGUGUGGUUCCAAAGACAAUAUUAAGCAUGUCCCUGGAGGUGGGAAUGUUCCAAAUGCCCCCAAACUGGCUUCGGGCAACCACUCCCAGCCGUCCACCGCCCCCAGACCCGGCCAGGGCAGUACCAAUGUCCAGAUCCUAAACAAGAAGAUUGAUUUGUCUAAAGUAUCCUCCAAAUGUGGCUCGAAGGCAAAUAUCAAGCACAAGCCAGGGGGUGGAGAUGUGAAGAUCGAAAACCAGAAGUUGAACUUCAAAGAGAAGGCCCAGGCCAAAGUGGGCUCGCUGGACAACGUGGGGCACGUCCCAGCUGGGGGCACAGUGAAGACUGAGGGGGGUGAGGAGGCGGCCCCGCAGAACGGAGCUGUGACCGCCCCCCCGCCAGGCAGCGGGGCCAGGCAGGAGAAUGGCGUAGGGCCCGCCGCGCCCCUUCAGGGCAGUGGUGACCAAAGGGAAAUGCAGAGCUUCGACACUCACAUACAAGAAACAAGUAAGUACCAGCUGAAGUUCCGUGAGAAGGCCAAGGCCCGCACGGACCACGGCGUGGACGUCGCCCUCGUCUCCAAACCACCCCCCGUCUUUUCCGGCGGCUCUUCCUCCCGGCGUAGCACCUCCGUCAGUGAGAGCCUGGGCUCAGCCACGGCCUCCUCCACUUUGCCACCGCCGCCAGCGUCGCCUCCCCUGCGGCCGGGGCCCCCCAUGGAAGAGACCUCGGCCCCCGCUCUUCUUUCUCCGCAAGGCUUGUGA